GAUAUUUUCAUAAUUGUAAUUAUUAUAAUAUAUUAUUCCGUGGUGCAUCGGCGAGACCAGAAUCGCAUAUAAAGUACUCGUACGCCAUUUUCAUCCGAGCAAGCAGAGAGACUGCAAAAGCAAAGCACAGGGAAACAGAGAGCUAAAAGACUCUUCAUCCUCUCUCUCUCUCUCUCUCUCUCCCGCUUGCUCUGUCUCUCUUCGCAUAUACCCACAGAGACAGCCUUCAACCUCACACCCAUUCAUCCCAGAGACUGGAGCUGGACAAGAAAAAAAUAAUAUAUGGAGGGCGCCGCAGGAAGAGGUUUGGAAUGCCCGAAGAUUAUGGAUGGGAAGGUGAAUAAUGGGAAGGGUUCAGAUAAGGCUGUUCCUUCUUGUUGCUUGAAGGCCAGGGCUUCAGACACUGAGCUUGAAGCUAAAUGCCAUUCAACAGUUGUUUCUGGCUGGUUUUCAGAACAUCGGUCAUGCUCUGAUAAAACUGGCAAAGUGAUUUAUUUCAACAAUCCAAUGUGGCCAGGAGAGGCACAUUCAAUGAAAGUGGAAAACAUUUUAUAUAAAAGAAGGUCAGAGUACCAAGAGAUCUUGGUUUUUGAGUCCUCAGCAUAUGGGAAAGUGCUUGUGCUUGAUGGCAUUGUUCAGUUGACUGAGAAAGAUGAGUGUGCUUACCAGGAGAUGAUAGCCCAUCUUCCCCUUUGCUCAAUUCAAUCCCCCAAGACUGUUCUGGUUGUAGGGGGUGGUGAUGGUGGGGUUCUAAGGGAAAUAUCUCGUCACAUGUCUGUGGAGAUUAUUGAUAUUUGUGAGAUAGAUGAGAUGGUUAUAGAUGUAUGCAAAAAAUUUUUUCCGGGUUUAGCUGUUGGCUUUGAGGAUCCUCGUGUCCGACUUAAUAUUGGUGAUGCUGCUGAGUUUCUACGGAAUGCACCUGAAGGAAAGUAUGAUGCUAUUAUUGUUGAUUCAUCCGACCCUGUGGGUCCUGCUCAAGAGCUUGUCGAAAGGCCAUUUUUUCAGACAGUAGCACGUGCGCUAAGGCCUGGUGGUGUUCUGUGUAACAUGGCAGAGAGUAUGUGGCUCCAUACACAUCUCAUUGAAGAUAUGUUUACGAGUUGCCGUGAAGCAUUCAAGGGUUCUGUCCAUUAUGCAUGGGCAAGUGUUCCUACAUAUCCUAGUGGUGUGAUUGGAUUUUUGUUAUGCUCAACGGAGGGGCCACCUGUGGACUUUUUGCACCCCAUAAAUCCGAUUGAGAAGUUAGAAGGAGCUCUCAAGCACAAGAGGGAACUUAGAUUCUAUAACUCAGAGAUCCACAGAGCUGCAUUUGCCCUGCCAACAUUCUUGAGGAGGGAGGUGAAGGCUCUGCAAGCCUCCAGCCCGUGUUCUCUAUGGAAUUCUUGAUUUUGAGAAUAAUGGAAGACGAUACGGUAUGGCAAUGGAGAAAUAGAGCUUUAGGUGGAUUAUUACAUUAGCAUACACGCGGCCUCUUGGUUCUGAUUCUGAGGCUCAUUGAUUGUUUACAUUCUAGCAUGUAAUGUGGUUUGUGUGAACAAAUGAGUAGCAGCUCAUGGUUUGUACUAGUGUUAACACGAUGUAACAUUUACUUUGGUGAAUUGGGGUAUAUGGCUGUGUGGCCAAAUAAUGGACAUGUCUUUCUUAUUAUCUAUCGUAGGAAGGUGAUGCAAUGAAAUUUAAAGAGGCACGGCAUAAUAUCAUAUGUUGGACUCUUAUGAUCUUGUGGUUGCAUCCCCUCCAAUCAAAAGAUAUAAAGAUCUUUGGUUUGUAGAA